CUGAGUGCGUUUCGUCUGAACUAGUCGAGUCCCACAUUUCGGCUACGGACUGAAGCGAAUAACAUGUCGAGGGUGUACAUCGGAAGGUUGAGCUACAGAGCAAGAGAAAAGGACGUGGAGAGGUUCUUCAAAGGCUACGGGAAGAUACUCGAAGUCGACCUGAAAAAUGGGUAUGGGUUUGUUGAAUUUGAUGAGCCCCGUGACGCAGACGAUGCUGUGUACGACUUGAACGGCAAGGAGCUGUGUGGGGAGAGGGUCAUUGUGGAGCACACCAAGGGGCCCCGUCGUGAUGGAGGCUAUGGUGGUGGAAGAAGUGGAUAUGGACGCUGGGGAAGAGACAGAUAUGGUCCGCCCAUAAGGACAGAGUAUCGUCUCAUUGUUGAGAAUCUUUCUAGCCGCUGCAGCUGGCAGGACUUGAAGGACUACAUGAGGCAGGCAGGGGAGGUGACUUACGCCGACACCCACAAGGGCCGCAGGAAUGAGGGAGUGAUUGAGUUCAGGCUCUACUCUGACAUGAAGAGGGCUCUGGAGAAGCUUGAUGGCACAGAAGUGAACGGUAGGAAGAUCCGCCUCAUUGAGGACCGCCCUGGAGCCAAACGCAGACGCUCUUAUUCUCGCAGUCGCAGCCGUUCCAGGUCCCGCUCCAGGAGCCGCAGGUCCCGCAAGAGCCGCAGCCACAGUGAGAGCAGCAGCCGUAGCCGCUCCCACUCCAGAGCGGCUUCCCGCUCCCGCAGCCGAUCUCGUAGCAAGAAGAAUAAGGGCAAGAACAAGAAGGAGGAAGAAGAGCGCAGCAACGGCGCUCAGAAGAACAAGGAUCGCAGCAGGAGUCGCAGCCCCAAGAGCAAAAAGGCCAAGAAAGAAGGAAAGAAGAGCAAGAAGGAUGAUUCCAGGUCCAGGUCUCGCUCCAGGUCUCGCUCUCGAUCAGGAAUUAAGGAUCGCUCUAGGAAAUCUGGAUCAGCUGGCCGCGAUCAGCCGAAGAGUGAUGACGAAGGAGGCGAGCCUGAGAGGGGCUCUCGCUCCCGUUCACGCUCCCCCGUUGAAUCCAAGUCCAGAGCCAGGUCUAAAUCAAAGUCCAAAUCCAAAUCCUGCUCCCCGUCUCCUGCAAAAGCUCGCUCCCACUCCCGAUCCGCCUCCCGUUCAGAGUCCCGCUCCAAAUCCCGCUCCCAGUCUCGUUCCCGCUCCCGUUCCCGCUCUUAGUUCAGAUUUUGGACUGUUUGUCAUGAGCCCUUAUCCCAGUGUCUCCCCCUGUCCUCCAUUUACAUUCCCCAAACCCCAGAACACUACCCCUGCCUCCUGUCUUUUGAUAAAUAGUUGUAGAAUACCAGGCACUCUACUCGAUGUCCUUUAUGCACAUGCUACUCCAUUUCACUCGACUUUUACUCCCCCCCCCCCCCCCCCCCCCCCCCCCAUUAGAACAGUCUUGUAUGGAGGUGUUUGUAAAAUAACAGGGUGAAAUCUCAGUUUUAUAAGUUUAAAUGAUGGUAUGUGUCUUAGCCUUUUUUAAAUCAAACGUAGAAGCAUACUGUUUAGUGAAAAUGCUGGGUGGGAAUAUGUUGUAACAUCUACUCGCCUUUUGUGAAAUCCUCUUCUCAUUUUAGUUCAAAUUAAAAAAAAUGCCUGUUCUACA